UCACAGAGGAUCCACACUACCGAGCACUGUGGUUGUGAAGCGCAAGCACGCGUCAGAGGAUGGCCCAGGCGUCCAGGGGUGCGAGGGAGAGGGAGAAAGGGCCGCCAGGGCGGGACCGGGAGAGUGGCGGGCAGGGGCAGCAGCAUCAGCAUCCGCAUCAGGCUGCGGUCGGUGCGGAGUGUGUGAGUUCGAGAAGUUGUUGGUGUGUUGUACCGGCAUGGCUCGGAUGGAUCUGUAUUUGUGUCCGAGUAUGACACGUGCGAUGAUCAUGCACCUGACGUGCUCCUCGGCGGCGCCGUCCUCGCCCAGCUGCUCGUGCUUCUCGGCCGUCGUGUAGAGGUCGGCCUUGGAGAAGGUGUCGGCAAAGUACGUCCCCACGCCAAACAACUUGCCGCGGUGACCACCCGCAAAACUGACAGAGAGAGAGGAAGACAUGACGGAGGUGCCUGCCCUUGUGUGUGUGUCAUGCAGUGCAGUUAUCGGCCCACUCACCUGCAGUUGAAGCCCUCGGUGCAGAUGCUCUGUGUCUUGGCCCACGAGCAGCCGUGGUACAGGAAGGCCUCACACACGUGACCCCUCGCACCAUCAGCCCCACCACACGCGCCACGCCGCACCAGGUCGGUCUUGAGCAGCGGGUUCAGCUGCGACGCGUCACACCGCAUCCGCACCAAUGGCUCCGCCGCAGCCCCGGCCACACCCACACCGACCCCCCCAGCCUCCUCGCCCUUGUGAUGGAUCAGAUGCAGACUGGCAUACGUCUGGCGGUAGAUGUCGGCGUAUUUGCGCAGCAGCGAGGGGUUGGUAAUGCGCUCGACGUAGAGGAGGUCGACCUGGGGCGGCGGGCGGAAGACGGCCGAGUGGAAUGUCUCCCGGUGAGAGGUGAGGGCCGACGACACCAUGAGCUCGAUGUAGGUGUGCUCGCGGCUGCCCGGCUCCACCCGCUCGCACCGCGGCACCUCUUUGCUGUCGCUGUCUUUGCUGCUGUCGCGGUGUUGCCAGAAUGGGGAGGGGAGGGGCAGGGACCAGGCAGACAGCGACCGGCUGGCCGCCAUGCCCCGCACCAGGCCAUCCG